CCUAUCCUCUUCUCACACAGUCUCAUUCCAUUUCGGUGUCACCCACAUUUAAAAAAGUUUAAUCCUAGUUUAUAAGAUGAUAACCGACGAUAAUAUAUUCGCGGGUUCUUCAUCCUAUGAACCAUUUUCAAUGUCCGGUGGUAAUUGCAUGGACGAAUUGCUAGCAGCUAUAGGCUACAAGAAGUUGCGAUCAAAGGACAACAUGGCUGACGUGGGCCAGAAGCUGGACCAGCAGCUCGAAGCGGUGAUGAUGGAUAAUAAUGUCAAUGCACGCGAAGACGGUACCUCUUCCAACGUCGCUUCAGACGACGCCGUCGUUCACUACGAUGACCCCAACGAUGUCUUCCCCUGGGAAAAAACCAUGCUCACCCCCACGACCACCCACAACAAUAACCAAAACGACACCACAAUCUCCAAUUCACUGCCGUUUACGCAAAUCCUGGAGGACCCUCUACGGUUCAACAUUCUCAACGGAAACUCAGCCAAGGACAACGAUCUUACAGCGGUUACCGAAACCGUAAAAUCGCAAGUGGAGCAACAUUCAGACCUCACGUGUCUUUGUGUGGCGGUCGAAGACACUGGCGUGCGACUCGUCCACGCGCUGAUGGCGUGCGCGCAGGCGAUCCAGGAAGGGAAGCUUGACCUCGCUGACGUGCUCGUGAACCACGCGUCGGUCCUCGCGUCGCAGCAGGGCGGUGCGAUGAGGAAAGUCGCCGCCAACUUCUCUCACGCGUUGGCGCGUCGAAUCUACGGCGCGUUCCCGGAAGAGUCCAUGAGCUCCUCGCUCUCCGACAUGCUCCACGUCCACUUCUACGAGACUUGCCCGUACCUCAAAUUUGCGCACUUCACCGCCAACCAAGCGAUUCUAGAAGCUUUCUCCUCCGCAACCGCCGUCCACGUCAUCGAUUUCGGCCUGAAGCAGGGGCUUCAGUGGCCCGCGCUCAUGCAGGCCCUGGCACUCCGUCCCGGAGGACCACCAUCCUUCCGGUUAACCGGAAUCGGACCGACAUCGCCAGAGGACACCGACACUCUUCAACAAGUCGGUUGGAGGCUUUCGCAGCUUGCGAGAACGAUUCAGGUUCGGUUCGAGUUCCGGGGAUUCGGCUGUAACAGCCUCUCGGAUCUUGAUCCAACGGCUCUUGAUAUCAAACCAGGAGAAUCCGUCGCCGUUAACGCCGUCUUUGAGCUUCACCGUAUGCUCGCCAAGCCCGGUUCGCUUGAGAGGGUUUUGAACACAGUAAAAAAUAUCGAACCGGAGAUAGUGACGGUGGUGGAGCAGGAAGCGAACCAUAACGGUCCUGUGUUUUUUGAACGGUUCACGGAGGCGAUGCAUUAUUACUCGAGUUUGUUUGAUUCGAUGGAAGGAUCGGUAAAUGAGGAUGGGACUCUUUCGGAGGUUUACUUAGGGAGGCAGAUAUGCAACGUUGUGGCGUGCGAAGGAGAGGACCGUGUGGAGCGGCAUGAAACGCUGGGGGUGGAGGAGAACGACGGGUGUCUCUUGCUCGGUUGGCAAAUGAGGCCACUCGUUGCUACAUCCGCGUGGAGAGUCGCCAGCGGCGCCCGCCGCCAUUGAGUGAGCGAGCUAACGAGUUGACUGACUCGGUGGUUUCUCGGAAUCGGUGACUUAAAAGUGUAACAUAAUCUUACUGUAGGUGAACGUUAGAAUGGGCUGAGUUAUAACUAGAGUAACUUGAGUAAUAAAGGAGGAAGAGCCUAAAUAAAUUAAUCAAAUAAAAUAGCUUGUCUAAUCAGAUUUCUUAUUUGCAGAAUUUUCGCUUUGUUUGUAUAUGUUGCUUGUAUUCUGUUUGUUUUCUUAAAAUGAAUAGUUUUAUAAUCUAAUAGUAAUCCAUGUAU